GCAUUCGAAAUAAAAAAUUAUUCAUACGUGGCGCCUUGAAGUAUCCUAAACCUACUGCAUCAAAGUUCCUAAAAAGUAAACUUUCAAAAAGUGAAGAGAAAAUGAUUUACGUCUAUAUUUUACUUUGUGCACUCAUUGCACAAUUCGCCUACACCAAUCAGUUCAAAUCAUCUGCUGAACGAUGUCAGGAAAUGGAAAUGGAAUUCAAUCAUGAUUAUGUUUACGGAUGUCUGUUUACUUGUACAAGAAAAAGGAAUGUUCCUGAAGGACAAGGCAAUGGAACUUUGAAAAAUGAUGAUUAUGGUGAUACGGGUAUUUACCUUGCUGAAAAUGGUUCACCUUGCGGUACUACUGGAUACUGCAAUGAAGGAUUCUGCCUAAAUGUCACGUCUUCAAGCACUAGUGCCAGCGACACUAUCGAGACUUCUACUCUGGAUACUGAUACAGCUACUACAAGAGAUUGAAUUUAAAAUCAUUUAAACAAAAUGUAUCAUUUGAUUAUAAAAAGUUAAUUGUUUCAAAAAUUUUUACAAAAUUUAAACCAAAUGUAUCAUUAAUAUGAUUAUAAAAAGUUAAUUGUUUCAAAAAUUUAAAUUUUUGAAACUGACUAAUGUAUACGUUUAUGAUUCAAUAAAUACUGAUUUAAUGGAA